AUUUGGAAUAGUGUGUGUGCAAACGAUUAGCUGAGUUGUGUGAUACACGGUCUGUGCGACUAGGAGAGUGGUUUGGUUUGGUUUGGUUGAGUCACAUGCUUGGAAGAGACUCUCGAGGAGGGAGUUGGUUAAUUGACUGUUGGGUUUCGAGGGGUGGUAAUAGUGGUGUGACUCGAGUGGUUCGAUGGCUUUUUGCUGGGUUGUUGUGUAUGAUGGAAUGAAGGGGAACUGGUUAGUAGAUGAGAGCAAGCUAGACUUGAUGAGUGAUUGCGAUAUGAAAACAUGUACGAUAAAUUGCCGAAAAUACCCUGCCCAUGUAACAAAACGCCUCUCAUUAUGUAGCCCGUCCGUCUUGUUAAAACCAAGUGUACUUUUGACCUCUAUGUACCUGUUUAUCCUAGCAAUGUCCAAAGCAAACGACUAAGACUCUAGAUACAAACCACAAAAUAUAUCAAAACAUAGGAGAACAUGAGU